AUGGUCAUUUAAGGCUUCGAUUAUAUUAGAAAAUAAAAAUAAUUAUCAUCAAGAUUUGGUGUAUUAAAAGAACUACUAAAUGAAAAAAUCGAAAAACUAAAAAGAGAAAACGAAUUACUUAAAUCAUAAAAAGGCGAAGAAAACAAAAUUAAACAAAAAUAAGAUUAAUUAAUAGGAAAACAUAUAGAAAAGGAACUUUACGAAGAAAAAUUAGAAGAAAUAUAAUAAUUAAAAUAAGAAACCUUAAAAUACUAAAUUCUUGUAGAAAAUCAUGAAAAAGACCUAAAAGGAAACGAUCGAAUAUAAUAAUUAAAAGCUUAAGUUAUCCAACUAACAAAAGAAAAAGAAGAUGAAAAAUAAAAACACACUUAAGAAAUCGUGGAAUUAAAAACCUAAAUUUAAAAAAUCUAACAAAACUAAAUAUCUUCAAAUUAAUAAACCGCUUUAUAACCUUAAUUUUCUCAAAAACAAUAAACUAAAAUACCUCCUAAAAAUAAUAUUCCUCCGCCUCCCUAACCUCCAGGCAGUAUUCCUUUGCCUCCACAUGGUAUUCCCCCUUCUCCAGGUGGAAUUCCCCCUCCUCCAGGCGGAAUUCCUCUACCUCCAGUCGGAAUUCCUCCACCUCCAGGCGGAAUUCUCCCUCCUCCAGGUGGAAUUCCUCCACCUCCAGGCGGAAUUCCUCCACCUCCAGGUGGAAUUCCUAUGCCUCCUGGUUGUAUACCUAUGGCUCCUGGUGGUAUUCCCCCUCCUCCUGGUGGUAUUCCCCCUCCUCCUGGUGGAAUUCCCCCACCUCCUGGUGGUAUUCCCCCACCUCCUGGUGGUAUUCCCCCUCCUCCUGGUGGAAUUCCCCCACCUCCUGGCGGUAUACCUAUGGCUCCUGGUGGUAUACCUAUGGCUCCUGGUGGUAUACCUAUGGCUCCUGGUGGCGUACCUAUGGCUCCUGGUGGCGUACCUAUGGCUCCUGGUGGUAUAUCUAUGCCUCCUCCUGGUGGUAUGCCUUAGAUCCCAGGUGGAAUUCCUUAAUAAAUAUAGAAAAAGAAAUAAAAUCCUGGAGUACCUAUGAAAAGUGUAAAUUGGUAAAUAAUAAAAUACACUGAACUAAAAGGAACUAUAUGGGAAAAUAUGAAAGACCUAGAAUUAAAACUAGAUGAGUAAUAAUUAAAAAAUGAAUUCGGUACAAAAGCUUAAAAUAUGGUCACGAGUACUAAUAAAAAUCAAAAUUUAUAAUAAUAAUAAAAGAAAAUAACCUUUUUAACGCCAGAAAGACAAUAAAAUAUUCUAAUUUUAUUGGGUAAAAUAAGAAUAAAAGGUGAAAUAAUAGUCGAGUCAUUGAUUAAAUAUGACCUUUAAAUACUCACUCAAGGCAUUGUUAUUACAUUAUUAGCUUCAUUACCUAAUGAGGCUGAGUGUAAUUUAAUAUAAAACUAUGAAGGAGAAAUCGAUUAACUAUCAGAUGCGGAUAAAUACUUCAAAUUGCUAGUCGAAAAUGUACAAGGAUAUGAAGAAAGACUACAGGCAUUAAAAUUCAAGUAUAUUUUCCAAGAAAGCUAUUAAGAGACACUAAAUAAAGUAAAAAAAAUCAACUUUUUUUUCAAAAAUCUUAUGGAAGAUAAAAACUUAUUCAAAAUCCUUGAAUAUGCGCUUGCAAUAGGAAAUUUCUUAAACGGAACCGGUUUUAAAGGAGGUGCAUGGGGUUUUAAAAUUUAAUCUCUAGAAAGAAUUUCCGAGGUGAAAAAUUAUGAUAAUAAAUAAAAUUUAUUAUGUUUUAUAAUAUUAACUGCGGAAGAGAAGGAAGUAAAUUCUGAAAAUAUAAUAUAUAUUUAAAUAUGUAUAUGUAUAUAUAUAUUCAUAUGUAAAAAUAAUAUAUAUAUAUAUUAUAUCCAAUUUAUAGGGAAAAUAACUAGUGUUUUUAAAUGA